AUGGCUGCUAAUCAGAUUCCUUGGACACUACAACCAAUGGUUAUUAGUGUUGUAUUUGAUCGGUAUUUGCUCGAUUCUGCUCGGUUUUGCUCGGUAUUUGCCCAAUCAGUUCCGCCCCGAGUGCUUCCUCGAAUCAUCUUGCUGUUUGAAGUUUGUGAAGAUUGGCAUACGAAGGUCGGCUGGAGAUCUUCUGCCUACUGUUGGGAUUCGAAUGGAAGGGAGGACUGGGCUACUGCAGCUUCGGAGUGGGAUAGGAAAUCAGACGGAUCAGAGGGAAGUUGGGUAUGGUGUGGAAUCGGGCCGGUUAUUGCUGGGGUCGGCUUUUGGUUGCAGGAAGCUUCCUCAUGUAUUCAGGCACAAUGCUAUACUUACACAUCACUAUAUAUGUUUAUGCGGUUACAUCGUAGUCUUUCACGUGUUCUAUGCCAAAUGGAGCACUGCAGCCCCAUUGUCAUGUUUCUACUCAUUAAACUUAUUCUAUUACUACUACUUCUUCAAAGUAGUAAUUCUCAGCUUUUCCCCAUAGUCGAUGAAGUAGUUGGACGCCAUGGCACACAAGUAUACAUUAUCGACGUGGAGAGACAUGAGCAGCACGAGCUCCUCGGCGAUGGUGACCUCGAGAGCUUUCACCGCUCAUUCCUACCAAACUCCACUCUCGAUUCGGGUGAGCCACGACUGGUAUACUCUUAUCGCCAUGUCCUCAGCGGCUUCGCAGCCCGCCUCACUCCGGGAGAGUUGGAGGCCGUCAAGUCUAAGCCCGGCUUUCUUUAUGCGCAACGUGACCGCCGCUAUCAACUUGCGACAACCUAUACACCAAAGUAUGAUAAUAGAAGUGGGAUGACAUUUAAUACUCUUAUGUGCUUUAAUAGAUAUCUGAGCUUAACCACAUAUAACGCAUGGGGAUCCUCUAUGAUGGGACAAGGUAUUAUCAUUGGUGUAAUUGACUCUGGAAUAAAGCCUACACAUCCUUCAUUCAAAGACACUAACAUGCCACCAAAGCCACCUAUUACAAAAUGGAAGGGUAACUGUUCAUAUGCUGGUUUUCCAUGCAACAAUAAAAUCAUUGGAGCAAAGGGAUUUUAUAAAGGGUCACACCCUUCCCCUAAAGACACGGAAGGACAUGGAACUCAUGUGGCAGGCACCGCAGCUGGCAACUUUGUCAAGGAUGCAAAUAUUCUCGGAAUGGCAAAGGGUGACCCAUCAUCUGGCAUGGCACCUAUGGCUUAUCUCUCCAUUUACAAAGUUUGCUUUCCAAAAGUUCGGUGUGGGAGAGUUGACACGUAUGCUGCUAUCGAUCAAGCGAUAAAAGAUGGGGUGGACAUUAUCUCGAUGUCUAUUGGUGGCUUUCAUAAUGAUACACUUUAUGAGGAUGUAAUUUCUAGGGGUUCUAUGGCAGCCAUACAACAUGGAAUCAUUCCUGUCGCUGCAGCUGGAAAUGAUGGUCCUAUGUCAGUGACACUCAGUCAUAGUGCACCAUGGGUGUUAACUGUUGGAGCAUCAACCACUGAUCGAAGAAUAGCUUCCACUGUGGAGCUGGGAGAUGGUAGAACGUUCCUUGGAGAGUCGGCAUACCAACCAAAUCAUUGGAAUUCUACUAAGAAGUGGGAGCUUGAAUAUCUUGGCAAGAAUGGUGAUGUUAAUGCCAGUUAUUGUCUGCCCAAUGAAUUGGCUAAAUUUAACUUAAGAGGUAAAAUUGUAAUAUGCGAGAUUAGCAUAGUUACGGAUGAGAUAAGAGGAAAGGCGGCAUACCAAGUUGGCGCGGAGGGGAUGAUUGUAAUAAACGAGCCUUCCCAAGGACACACCACUCUUUCUCCUGCUCACGUUCUUCCGGCAUCAAAUAUAGACCAUCCCGCAAGACUAGAAAUUUUAGACUACUACUACAACAAUCAACCCAAUGCAUUUGCCAGCAUACGCUUCAAUGGCACCCAAUUCGGAUUCACUCCCUCCCCCACUGUCGCAUCCUUCUCCUCCCGCGGGCCAAGCCGCAUGAAUGGCGGGAUCAUCAAGCCCGACGUGCUCGCCCCUGGAGUCAACAUUUUGGCCGCCUGGCCAAGAGAUGUUGGUCCUCACCCAAAUCCAUUGGCAACCCACACCUUCACCUUUGAAAGUGGAACCUCCAUGGCCACACCACACGUAUCCGGGAUUGCAGCAUUGGUGAGGAGCAAACACCUUGGGUGGACCCCAGCAGAGAUUAUAUCAGCAAUUGUGACAACCUCGAAUGACUCAUGGACGGAUGCAGGUGAUCUCAUUGUCGAUGAUAUCUUAUACAAAACUGCAGGGAUAUAUGCCACGGGGGCUGGUCAGGUGAACCCGAUCAGGGCGGUGGACCCAGGCCUUGUGUUUGGGCUCACCUUAAAUGACUAUAUUGGAUAUCUUUGUGGCCUUGGGUAUAAUGACAAGGAGGUUACAAUUACAAUCGGAAAACAAACAAGUUGCAAUGGGGUUAAGUAUCUAACCGCAUCAGAACUUAAUUACCCGUCAAUCGCGAUCAAUUUGACUAGGUCAACGAUGAGUCAAACGGUGAGCAGGACGGUGAAGAAUGUAGGGGAUGCCAAUGAGGACUACUCGGCUAAAAUUACCGAGCCCGUUGGGGUAGCAAUUUAUCUCUCAACUUAUAAGCUUAAAUUUACGAGGUUAAAUCAGGAGGAGAGCUACAACAUCAACUUUGUCUUGAAAGGUGCUUAUCCGAGCCAGGGGAGUGACAUGAUAAGAAGAGGGAAAAUUGUAUGGGAUUCAGGGAAGCAUGUGGUGACCACACCGAUUGCUGUUAGGUUCGUAUAA